CAACCACCACCGUGGCGCAGACGGCAAACGGCAGACGGCAAUCAAAGCAUAGCAAUGUCAGCCUCGCCGGCUCCCAGUGGGGAGCGAGGCAAGGACAGCGAGCGUGGGGAGUUCUCGCGCGACGUGAGCGUGAGCGCGGAUGCCAGCGGUGGCGACGAGGGCAGGCCAUCGCUGCACACUUCCAGAGAGGAAGAGGAGGAGGAAGAGGAGGAAGACAUGGAAGAGGAAGAAGAGGAGGAGGAAGAAGCUCCCGUCGUCGAGUACCUCAGUGCAGGUCGAUCGAGGCGGUCCACGGCGGGCAAUCGGAUGCGCGAGCUGCUCGAGCAGGAGCGCGAGAAGCUCGAGGCCGAGGGCGAGGCGUCGGAGAGGCGCAUGCAGACUCAGGCACGGCAGCAGCAGCGAGGAGCGGGCGAGGAUGAGGACGAGGACGAGAUCUUCCGCGAGGAGGAAGGAGACAUCGACUUUGAAGAGAAACUCGACGAUGCGUACGACAUUGUGGACUCUGACUUUGACAAGAGCAGCGACGAUGGGCAAGAUGACGACGAGGACGAUGAUGAGGUCGGCGAGAGGCGGCUGCAGGAAGAGGAAAAGGCAGCAAAGAAGGCAUCGAGAGCAAGAGCGGUACCGAUCGGCAUGAAGAAGCCAGCGAUCAAACAUCCGGCCGCAGGUGAGGCGAGUCCUUCGCAGCAGCAGCCCAGGGCACCACGCCGGAGCAUCACCUUUGCAGCGACGACGACGUCGGGCCCAGGCGCGGGGAAGCCGCGUACCUCUUCGCGCAAGGCGACGAUGCGCAUUGCCGAUGAGGUCAGGGCUAGAAAGGCCGAGCAGGAGGCCCGACGCGCGGCGAUGGCGCCCGUCAAGAAGCCAAAGAAGCGUCCUCGCCUGACGCAGGCCGAGCUCAUCGCCGAGGCAUUUGAGGUGGAGGAGCACAACAGGCAGAGCUUGGCCGACUUUAUGCAGCGGGAGGAAGAGAGGAGGGAGAGAGACAAGGGUAAAAAGGUCAAGAGGAUGGAGCACGGCGGCUUUUUGCGAUGGCGAAGCGUGAAAGUCAAUCCUUCUGCACCAAAGCUCGUGGAGAUCAUCGAUGUAGAUGACAACAAGGGGCGGGAGAGCGCACCCCUGACAGCUGCAGUCACCGAGGAUCCCGUUGUGGCAGCCAGGCUGGCUUCCACCGCCCAAAGGCAAGCGCCCAAGCUCGAGAUGGACGCAACCUCGGCGACGCAGACAGAAAGCGACAUGCCCGCCGAAAAGACCUCGCAGACCGCCGAGGGGCCUGCGGAUCAGUCUACAGCAUCGGCAGCGGACCAGUCCUUGCCAGCGGACGGGGACGUGUCGAUGGAAGACACGUCACUCUCCCUCGUCGUUCCUCCCUCGACAACAGCAACAGAAUCAGCUGCAGAACCAGCAGCGGAACGAGCAGCAGAGCCAGCAGCGGAACGAGCAGCAGAACCAGCAGGAGUACCAGCAGGAGUACCAGCAGCAGAGCCAGCAGCAGAGCCAGCAGCAGAGCCAGCAGCAGAGCCAGCAGCAGAGCCAGCAGCAGAGCCAGCAGCAGAGCCAGCUUCAGUAUCAGCACCAGCCCCACUACCGAAUGGCCAAACUAGCCAAGCCCUCGCUCCCCCGCCAAGAACAUCUCCGCCGGCUGCCCUUCCUGAAGCGAGGACGUUUGUCUCUGUGCUCGACCUCGAUCCCAAUCUGAGCACCUGGGUGGAUGAAUACAAAGCCAUCCUGGGCCUCCACUGCCAGUGGGAUCGCUACAUCCUCGUCCCUGCGCGUAAUCGUCCGUUGCGACCGCGCCAGUCGACUUGCGUCAUCACCGGACUGCCAGCCAGGUACAAGGACCCAGUGACGGGCAUCCCCUAUGCGAGCGCAAAGGCAUACAAGAUCUUGAAGGAGGUCGUCCGAGGAGACUUUAUCUGGAGCAAGAGCGGCGACGAGCCAUCAGUGGUAGCAAAGGACAAACCCGUCGUAGCCUACGAUGCGCUCGAGAUGGGCGCCUACCUCGACAGGGUGGACCAGGAAGGCGCAAGCGGUGUAUUGGCCCAAGCGAGGGGCUCAUUGUCAUCGCAGACGGCGGCCCCGGUUUCAGCGUCGACGACGGCGGGUGCUCCAUCGUCAAAAGGGAAGUGGGUGACGGCUCCCCCGCUGCCAGGAGGCCUGGCGCCUGGCGACGAAAAAGCCCUUAUUGCCGCUGCGACGGCCCUGCCAGCGGGCACGACGCGGUCGGGGGGCAGAAGGAGCCAUGCAAGGCCCUCUUCGUCUUCUGCCAAGUAGAAGUGACACUUUACAACCAUGAUGCAGACUUGUAUUUGUACCCGUAAUCAUCAUUAUCACUUUUGCCGUU